AUGGCCUCUGCUCCCUCGUCUUCUCCAGAGCGCGCCUGCGCUCACUGCCACAAGGACCUUGAGCCCGCCGUAAAGCUCCUGACCUGCUCCGCCUGCAAAAGCGUCUUCUACUGCUCUCCCGACGACCAGAAGCUCGACUGGAAGCGCCACAAGCCGGCGUGCCUCUCGCGCCGCCACACCGAGCCCUACAUCGCCCACAUCGACUAUGACCGCUCUUCGACCGACCACUCGCCCUGA